AAAUCACUAGUGAAAAUAGCAAUAAAACUACUCGUGAAAUCAAUAAUAAAACUACUAGCAAAAUUACUAAUGAAACUGCUAGUAAAACUGCUAAUGAAACUACUAGUGAAAUCACUAGUGAAAUUACUAGUGAAACUACUA